CGCGUCUUUCCCUCUUUUUCCAAGCGGUCAAAGCCAAAUCAGUCGCGAGCGGCGGCGGUAACGAGAACGAGACGCGCGCGCUAGCUGAAUCAGGAGCAGGGCCCAGGGAGGAGAGUGGAGAGCCGCCGGCGAGCAGCAAUGCCUUACUGCGAGGUGGGCAGGUACGCGGACGGCGACAAGUGGGAGGGCGUCCGCCUCUUCUACCGCCGCUACGGCAGCGGCGCCACCAAGGUGCUCCUCGUCAUCGGAUUGGCGGGGACGCACGACUCGUGGGGCCCGCAGAUAAAGGGGCUGACCGGGUCGCUGGAGCCCUCCGACGACGAGGCCCUGCGGCCGGACGAGGAGGCCGGCGUCGGCGCGGCGGAGGCCGCGCCGGCGGAAGCGGACGACGGCAUCGAGGUCUGCUGCUUCGACAACCGCGGUGUCGGCCGCAGCUCCGUGCUCCCCAACAAAUCCUACUACUCGACGGCAAUCAUGGCCACGGAUGCCUUGGCCUUGAUCGAUCAUUUGGGGUGGAAGAAGGCUCACGUCUUCGGCCACUCCAUGGGUGCCAUGAUUGCUUGCAAGCUAGCUGCCAUGGCACCUCACAGGCUAUGUUCGCUGGCAUUGCUUAAUGUCACCGGAGGUGGCUUUCAGUGCUUCCCAAAGGUAGACGCGCAGAUGCUAUCUCUUGCAUUCCGUUUCUUAAGGGCAAAAACUCCAGAGGAAAGAGCCCUUGUGGACCUGGAAACACAUUAUACGAAGGAAUACCUUGAGGAGACUGUCGGGUCAUGUACUAGAAGAAUGGUCCUCUAUCAAGAAUAUGUGAAGGGCAUAUCGUCAACAGGGAUGCAAUCCAAUUGUGGUUUUGAAGGGCAAGUUAAUGCAUGCUGGACUCACAAAAUGACUACUAAGGAACUAGAUACAAUACGGUCUGCCGGUUUUCUAGUUUCAGUUAUUCAUGGAAGGUACGAUAUCAUUGCACAAUUGUGCCAUGCAAAACGUCUAGCAGAAAGGCUUCUUCCUGUUGCAAGAAUGGUAGUGCCUCAUGGUGCACAUCUAGUGAGCCAUGAAAGACCAGACGAGGUGAACAAUGCACUUAUGGAUUUGAUAAAGGCCACCAAAUCUGAGAUAAAACCUGAAGAGUGGUCAGCCCAGCCCGAGAACACGUCGGAAACCGGGGCGCUCAUUUCUGCGAGACCCAUCACCGUCAUGGUGCGAACAGAUGCAGGCGUAGACGCUACCGCAGCGGUCUAUAACUUGCUUGGGAAGCUGCAACUGAGCUUCCUUUAUCUCAUAGGCAUGAUACUCAUGGGGUUUGAACUCAUGAGGAACAUUGUAAGGGUGAUGAAGCCAGUAAGGGUUGCAGCAAUUGAGUCGUAAGUCAUAAGAACCAAAUACAUGUACACUGUUCUUGAGACCUUGUGGUAGUCGAGAUGGGAGAUGAUGAUUUUAGAGUAGCAUCUGCUAACACAUGUGAAACUCGGCCUGCUCCUAGUAGCAGAAUAAUACGAAACACUGAGAAAACAGUGCGCGCCUGGACAGAAAUGUCUAUGGCAAGGUUGCCCGUUGGCGUAUGUACCUAUAAGAGUAUCUGUACCAUACCGAGAUUUGGAAUCGAAGCUUUGCUGCUU